AUGACAGAUUCCCCAGCUUCUACAUUUUCCCCAAGCAAGAACAGCAGCAGUAGCAGCAGCAAAUCUCAAGCAUUAUCCCUUCAGGCCACCAUGCACACCUGCGAGCCCUGUGGGACCUCCUGCCAGCAGAUGGCAGAAUCACAGAAUAAAGAGUGCCAAAAUGUCUUCACCCUGCACGGGAGCACCCCGUUCAGCUUGAGGGCUGCAGGGCUGAACAGGAGCGACAGCACUGAUGGAGCCAUCAGCUCAGGGUCUGGAUCAAUGCUGGGGCAAGGCGGAGACUCUGACCGUUUCCAUCCCUACCGUCGACAGUUCAGUGAUGGAGCUGUUAAGGGUGCAAGUUUUCUCCAGCAUUGCCCAACAGCUUCCUACACCAGCCCUGAUAGCUGCUCUGCUGCACAUAGCUCAAGCAGGGAGGCAACAUCAUCGUGGGACGAAUACAACGGCAGCUUUCAGGCUUCCAGACUUGUGGGCUCUCAAGACACUUACCCAGAGCUACCAGCUGCACCAGUGGAUCCCACCUGUGUCCUGUCACAAAGCCACACCCCCUGCAGCUCGGGCAGCCCUCUGCAGCAGUUCUCGUCUAGACUGUACACUACAAAUGGCCAGUCCAGCGGCUCAAAAUAUUCUCACCAGUGUCUCUCUGGGCCGUCACAGCAGGAAAGCACUGCACCCUCCCCUUUCCCAAAGCCCAUUUACUCAUACAGUAUCCUGAUAUUCAUGGCUCUGAAGAACAGCAAAACAGGAAGCCUGCCAGUCAGUGAGAUCUACAGCUUCAUGACUGAACACUUCCCAUAUUUCAAGACAGCUCCUGAUGGAUGGAAGAACUCUGUGCGUCACAACCUGUCUCUGAACAAGUGUUUUGAGAAGGUGGAGAACAAGAGUGGAAACUCGUCCCGUAAAGGCUGCCUGUGGGCUCUCAAUCCAGCCAAGGUGGAGAAGAUGCAGGAGGAGCUGCACAAGUGGCGUCGCAAAGACCCGUUUAGUAAGAGCAUGUUGAGGCCAGAGGACCUCGACCAUCUGCUGGGAGAGAGACCCGACAAGCUCAAGUCUGUGCCACUCUACAACAACCGAACAUCGCUGUCCAGAUUUGCCCAAACAUACAACACCGCCAGUUCAUCCUUCACCUCACCCCAAGUCCGAGAAUCCAUUCGACACCCUCAGUGCUCCCGCAUUUCAGAUUUGUCUCAGCGCUCCUGCUACCUUCCCCCUGCUGCCCCUCAUCCCAGCAACUCAUUCCCCCUCUACUCAUCUUGUAGACAGCAUUCUUCAUCCGACAUCGCAUCCACUAUGGAAAGCCUGAACCAAUCCAUCGCUGGGAAGAUGCCACCAGUUCACAGCACUGCCAUGCAGGCUGAGUACAGUGUUGCCCCCAGGAGCAUGCAGGACUUCCUGUUGGAGGGGGACACAAGUUACGACAUUGACAUGCUCAACCCCAGUCUGACUGACCUGCAGUUCCAAGGUAACCUUUGGGAGGAGCUCAGACAAGACAGCUUGAUGUCAGAUCCGGAUGUCAGAGCUGUUAUCACCACUGCCUCCACCUCUGCCCUGCCUUCCCCACAGACCCCACAGACCAGCAGUCUGCAUUCCAUGCCCUGUGUCAGUCAAUCCUCAGAGAUGAUCGCUUUUGGUCGGAGAAAAGGAGAGGUCUACGAUGAGAUUGGUGGAAGUAGUGUGGACCAGCACAUCAGUGGACUGCAUCCGAUGGUUUAUUCAGGGGUGGAGAGUUUGGCUGGGUAUCUGACUGCAUGCACCACCUCUAUCUCCUUACUCUGAACACCUGACAGUCAUUCACGCUUGGAUGUCCUCACAUUGACCCCUCUCUGACCUUUAAAUCCUAUAGUAGUCGGAAUGAGAAAUACCUGUAUCACGUUGAGUCAUACCACAGUAUUAACCUGGUGGAUCUGUGUUUGCUUUUGUGUAACAGACUGCUGUGCUUGUUGAAAACACCAUACGUGGCGUGGUGGAGGUUUCCUGCUUAAGCACCUUAUUACGAAGUGGUUGCAACUUCAAAGCAAGGCAAUUUUGGAUUACCAUGCCAUUUAAUUAGCCUCAAAUGUUUUGGUUACGACAUCGUUCUUUUUGUACAAUGGGGAUAUAAAUAACAGCUUACUUUAAAUUAAUGUUUUUCAAACCUGGUCCCAGAAUGCAGGAUACUACUGGUUUUACAAGAUGUUAAUUAUAGCUGCUAGAGGGCAGCUUGCAUUCCAGGGGUAAAUCAGUCCUUGAUUAGGUGGCUAGAAUGAAAACCAGCAGGAUUUUGAGGACUGGGAUUGAAAACCGCCGCUGUAAAUAAUAUACAAAAAGCAUUGACUCGCAUUGAAUAAGUUGAAUAAUUCUACUGAAAAGUUAUUAAUAUUAAUCACAAACUUAUCAAUUAUUUUUCUGGUAUUUAAUACAGGGCUUACAAUUUGGAUCAUUAUCAUCCAUAUAAAUUAAAUUAAAUUAAAUUAAAUUAAAUUAAUAUGGCAUCAUCACAGUUGUUAAUUCCUCAGUCUCUGAGAUAUGGCCUCAUUAUCUACAUGUUUCUAAAUUUGUUGACACUGAUAACUAAUGAUUCAUGUUUACCUGUUGAACAGGGGUGCCGUGGUACAAACAAAAAUAGUUGUAGUAAGGCUCUGCUCCAGAAGAUGGCACUAGAGACUCGUUGAGUUGUAAAGGACAAUUCUCAGCUUGAUGAGAACCAAAGUAGCUGUAAGAGUAGAUGGUACUGCAGUGUUUUUUUUUUUUUUUUUUUUUUCUUAAUUGAAUGAGCCUGAGAGAGGACAGAAAAUAUAUACCUACCCCAAUCCCUCUGAAAUGAUGUGAAUUAAACAUUGUGCUUUAGGUAGUACUGAGUUACUGUUGCAGCUGAACAGAAUUAGUUUCAACUCCUCCAACCUGAUUAAAAAGUUUACUCUCUAAAUUAAUUCAAAAGUAGAAAUCACACACUUUUAGAAAAUUUAGGAAAUAGAAAAAUGACUAGAUUGGCAAAAUGAUUGCUGGCUUAAAAGUAAAUAUGUCAGAGGAUUACUGACUGCACUACGUCUGGAAAACAAUGACAACUGAGCAGACAUAAAGAUUAUAGUUUUGAAUGACUGACAGUCAACAUCAGGUUUGAAUGAAUCCUUUCCAUCUCAGAGGAAAAACUAGAUCAAAUUGAGCUAGACUGAGACAUUUGUGGAUAAACUGAAUGAGAACACACUGCCAGCAACGAGUGCAUUUACCAACCUUUUUUUUUUUAUUCCUUUUGCUCCAAGUGAAUAGGCAGUCUGUUAUUGCAUUCUUUUGCAUCCCUAUUUUUGAUCAUCUACUUUCUGUCCUCUUGGCUUAUGUCAAAAUCUAGUUUUUUUUUUCUUUUUUUUUCUCUGUAGUCUCUUCUUUGUUUCAUCUGUACUGUCUCAUGUAUGGUAAAGGAGACAAAGUGGAUUUCCAAAGAUUU